AUUAUCAACGCGAACGUGUUUACUUAACUAAUCCGUUAUCCCUAUUGCGAAUUAUAAUAUUUUUAAGAGUGUAGUGGUGAAAUUAAUUGGAUUUUAUUAGUGUUAUUUUUAGUUGCAGGCGCACACGAGCAGGCUUAGGUGUGAAGAGACUUCUAAAAUAAGGCUGUAGUACUUCAUUCUUCAAACAUGACGGAAAAUGGAUACGGACCCUCGCAUGUCACUGGACAUAUUGGCAGAAUACCUAACUUCGGCAAAACGCAAGUAAAUCCUAUGGGUAGUGUCGAACCACCAGCAUGUAUUCAAAACGCAAUGAUGACCAAGGAUAAGAAGCCUUUUACUUACACGCCUGGUGGUCUUGAUUUAUCUCAGAUACGCACUCCUAGUAUGGCUAGGAGGCUAGCAAAACAGCGUUCAUUAGAGGAUCAAGAAAAAGCUUACGCACAGCAGCACCAAAUGCAAAAUCUACAAAACCAGUGCCUUUAGGAGAAAGGCCUGAAAUAGUUAUUCCAGAAAAUCCAAUUGGUAUGUUACGAAAAACAAAUAGUCCAUACCAUUGGGAAGCUGAAAAAGCGGAAAUGCAACGAGUGGGACCAGUUCCUAAAUUUGUAGAAAAAGUUCCAAGUCCUUUAACAGUGAAGCUACCACAGCAGCAAAUGAAUCAAACUUAUUCAUCACCUGAUCAAAACACUUUACAAAGGCGAAAUUUCUCGUACAAUAACCAGAAUAAUAAAGCACCUGAAAGUCCUAUUUAUCGCCCUGAGGCGCAAUAUGGCCAUCCAAAAUCAAAUUCCACAAAUGUCAAUGGGUCUCCACAAACUCGAGAAAUGCUCGUAAGACAGGACUCACAAUUCAACAAAAGCCCUCAGCCAUUUACAGGGCAAUCACCUCUUAGUAAUGGCUCACCAUAUUCACCAACACCUAAUAAUAAUUGGAGACAACCCGAAAAGAGAGAUUCUCCGGCUAGCAAAACGAACAGUCCCCUUACUCCGCAAUAUAAUCGUGGUCCGUUUUCACCAAACACCCAACAAGGUUCGCCAAAUUAUUCUAAUCAAUCGCCACCUAUUUACCAUACUCUACCUAGAGUUGGUCAGAGAAACCUAGAUUCCGUUAAUAAUACCAUGCAACAGCAACCAGUACACCAGAGUCCGAAUACUGAGCAAUCAAACUAUCCACCGUGGCGAACGCAAACAAUAAACAGAUACCCACGAGGAGGAGAGAGUCAGCAAAUUGUAAAUAUUCAAAAUCCUAAUCAACAACAAGCUUAUAGUCCUCCAUGGAAAUCAAGUGAUGCUAAUAAUAACAGGACUGAAAAUAGCUACAUUCCGCCUUGGAAGCAAGAAAAUAAAGUAAAUUCUCAAAAAUCGUACAGUCCAUCAAGGUUAAUGAGUCCAGAUAUUAAUAGUAAUAAUGAAACAGCUAAAAACUCUAACGUUCCUUGGAGAAAUCAGGACAAUUCUCAAAAUAGACCAAUACCUUUAACCACGAAUUCACAAGAGCAGCCCCGAUAUCAGUCCACUAUUUCCAUCCCAAUUCAGGGAAACCAAAGAAAACAAAACUCACAACCAGAAUAUAAUAAUCCUUCACAACAAAAAGAAGUUGUAUAUGUUAACCAAGAACCAGUGUUUUACUGCCCUGAAAGCCCUAAAACAAUACCACCGUGGGUAAAGACACAAAAAGAAAAAACCAAGACACCGCCUCCUUCCUGGUGUAACAGACCGUUGGAAGGUAGAAGAAGCUCACCGAGGGAAUUAGUUACGCCACCCAGAGAAUCAAAUCAAGAACCUGAGUGGGUAAAAAAGAGCAGUGAAAUGCAAAGAAGUGUAAGAGAAGUUAUAAGUCCACCAAAAUAUCAGCAGACAGCACAGCCAAAUUGGUCUACACGCCCUUCAGAAAAUCGUAAAAGUUUACCUAAAGAUAAUGGGAUGAAUACUGAAGGAACUAGAAUAAUUCCUAUUCAAAUGGAAGUAUCAACAUCUGAGACUAAAGACCAAAAUAGACAGAGAGAACGUCAGCAACCUCAGUUAAGAAUAGUAAUAGACAUGAAACAAAAUCCUGAUGCUCAAUCCCGUGCCCAGGCUCCUUACUCGCAGCCAACGCAGCGCAUCAUGAGGGUAUUAUCGCCGCAAUUAGUUAGACUUGAUGAUGAAUCUUCACAACAAGAACUUCCAACAUUAAACAGGAAUUUCAGCCAAGACAGUCAUCCCAAAACGCGAAUUAUCCCCAUUCAGAUUGAGAGUACGAAUAGUGGAGCAAACAAAAGCUUCGGUGGGCGGUACUAAAGGAGUUGCUUGCACUGAUCCCAAAGUACACUAUCACAAAAUCAGCCAAGAGGGUCCGCCGCGACAGUCAAGAACAUUUAAAUUAUUGCAGGUUUUAACAGACACGCAAGACUCGGAUGCAAUGCAGAGGAAAGAUAAUAGAAUAGGUUAUACAGACUUUUAGUUUUCAGACAAAAACUUAAUCACAAACAUAAUACACAAAUAUGUAGUCUAAAUUUAUGUCUAAAGCUUUUAUCUGAACAAAUCUCACAGCUUUAGUUUUUUGUAAGCUGUAGUGAUUAGUAACUUUUUCAUUUGUCUGGUAUUUACUUUUAUUUUCAUUUUAAUUUAUUUUCAACAACAUUAUGUGCGAAUAUUAAUUUUGUAAAAGUAUAGUUUAACUUUAAAUUAUAUAAAUUAAAUAAGUUGCAAUUUAAUUGCUUAAUUUAUAUCGGUAUUUAAUAAACAAAGCGCUUAAAGGAUUUCGAAACGCUUUUAAAAAUGGCGCGGGUGAUGUUGCUAAAUAUUUCUACUUAAAUAUAUUUUUUGAUUGGUUUUUUGUAACAUAGAAUUACAGUUAAGGGGAAUCUUAAAAUCUUAUUUUAGUAUUUAAUAAUAAUGUAGCAUGAAUGGAAUCAAUGACGAAAAUACGUGCUUAAUUUUGUGAUGUUAGAUAUUACUAAUGCUCAUAAUUUUAUAAUUAGAUACAGCUAAUAUACCAAAGAAUAGAUUAAUAAAUUAUUUUUUCUAGUGUAGUUAUUUUAUAUUUAAUUAUAUAAUAUUGUUUUCAUAGGAGUAGAGUGUAACACCUGUGAAUAUCUAAUUUAUUUAAUAACUUUGUUAAGUAAAGUAGGUAGAAGUUAAAAAAAUAUUUAAUUAAAUUUGAGUAUGUUUAAUUUCUUAAACCAAAUUAAAGUAGCAGGACGGUUCUCGAUAUUUUAAGCAUAAUAUUGUGCGUCUGCGUCAAGAGAUUUUAUUGCUUCAGUUCUAUGAGUUAUGAUUUUUAAGUAAAUUAAUGUCAUAAACGUAUAAUGGGUAUUUUAAAUGUUAUCAAAAACAAGUAUUUUAUUAUUUUCAUAGUUUGUAUGUAUUUAAUGUAUCGCUGAUUUGUCUUAUCAUAGUAUUUUAUUGUGUUUCAGCUAUAUUUACUAACGGAACGCAUCAUUAUUAAAUUAUAAUGUAUUUAUUCAAUAUCUUAAUAACAUGUAAUAUAAUUAUUUUAUGUAUUUACAAGUUUAUUUCAAAAUUAUUUAUUUACUUUAUUUAGAUAAUUAAUUCUUCAACUAACAUUAUUGUUAUGGCUUUGUUUAUUAAAUAAUGUAACAGAUAAAGUCAAUAAUACUUAUUGUACAUGUUACUUAGGGAUGGGCAAGGGAAAAAUAUAUCGAUAUAUAUCUAAUCGAUAUUUUUAAACAGUAUUGAUAUAUAUCGCGUGAUAAAAUCGAUAUAUCGAUAUCGUCAUCAUUUGCAUGAUGUAAAGAUAAGGUUCAAUUUUUUUUAUACUACUGCCGGUUGGACGACGAAAAAAAAAACUACAACCAACCAUACAUGAAUACUUUCUUACAUCCUUUUGUUGUUACAUGUUUUGUCAUAAUACAACAUUUCAAAAGAUAUCGAAAUGGAUACGAAUUCGAUACUCUAAAAUAAAUAUCAAUAUAUCGAUAUAUCGCGAUUUAAGAUUUCGACGAUAUACAGGGUGGCCCAUAAGUCCCUUGAAAUGU